AUCGAAUGGAGAUGCUACAAGAUUUUCAUGUAAGUUUUAAUAAAUAAUAAUGUCACAGUGCUAAAUUUAUUGAAGUGCGGUAUUAUUAGUUAUAAUUUUUGUUAUACCCUUGUAUAUAUUUACAUACCGUAUCUUUACAACAUUUAUACCAAUACGGAUACAACUUGCGUGUUAAAUCUGUUCAAGUGAUUAAAAAAUUUUAAUUUGCCUAAAUAACGAAAUAUACGAAGCAAUACUUAAAUGAAGUAUGUUUGAAUGUUUAAAAGAAGAUGACUAACUUGUACGAAACAUAUAGUGCGUUUAAACAACAACGGCUUCCAGCAUGGCAACCUAUUUUAACGGCAGGCACAGUCCUUCCAUCGUUUUUUAUAAUCGGUAUUGCGUUUAUACCUGUAGGUAUAGGUUUAUUAUAUUUUUCUGACGAAGUAAUGGAAUAUGUCAUCGAUUAUACAAAUUGUAAUAAAACCACCGGUUAUAUUGGAAAUUGGAACGAAUCUAAUGAAACUUGCGCUGACGCUAUUAAUAAUAAUAGCAGUGAAACUUGUAUUUGCAGGAUUAAAUUUAACCUCACCAGUGAUUUUAAUGGUACGGUUUAUAUGUAUUACGGUUUAACUAAUUAUUAUCAGAAUCAUAGAAGGUACGUAAAAUCUAGGGAUGAUAGUCAGUUAUUAGGUAUAUUAAGCAAAGAACCAUCAAGAGAUUGUUUACCUUUUGUUUUCGAUGGUAAUAAAACCCCUAUAGCACCCUGUGGAGCCAUUGCCAAUUCCAUGUUUAACGAUAAUUUGACUUUAUAUAUUUUGAAUAACGACGAACCUGAACCGGUUCCUUUGUUAAGGAAAGGCAUCGCUUGGGAAUCUGAUAAGAAGAUCAAGUUUCACAAUCCGCCAGGUGAUGAUUUGGAGAAAGCUUUUGCUGGUUACGCCAAACCGAAAGCUUGGAAAAAACAAAUAUGGGAAUUGGAUACCGAUCCUGAUAAUAACGGUUUCCAAAACGAGGAUUUCAUAGUUUGGAUGAGAACCGCUGCUUUGCCUACUUUCAGGAAAUUAUACCGCAGGGUCGAUCAUUCUCAGACAAAUUUUACCAAUGGUUUGAAGCGAGGAACUUACAUUUUGCAAGUUGAAUAUAAUUAUAAUGUAUCUACGUUUAGUUCAACGAAACGGAUGAUCCUUAGUACAACUUCCAUAUUGGGUGGAAAGAAUCCUUUCCUCGGUAUAGCUUACAUUGUUGUCGGUUGUGUUUGUCUACUUUUAGGUAUCGGAUUGUUGUUUAUACACAUCAAAUGCGGAAAAAGUACUAGUGAAAUGAUAAACGUAAACCCUAGAACGCCAUAUCAAUAGAAAACUUGGAAAAGUUUUUAUUUUCGACUUUUUUGAAUAUUUAUUUGUCUGUUAUUGCCGCGCUUUUUUACAAUAAAUUAUUUAGGCCAGUAUUGAAAAAAUUUAUAGUUCCGACACGAACUAAAAUGAUUCGAAAUUUCUUUAUUUAAAACUGAUAUUUUGUAAAAAAACUGUUGGCAUACAGACCUAUUUUUUAAGGUACUAGAUGGAAUAAUUCAAAUUUUCAUUUCACUUCGAUAGAUUUAUUUAAUUUUUCACUACAGAAAAAAUUUUAGUCAAAAAUGAAAUAACUUCCAUUACAGAAAAAUUUCUUCAUUUCCAAUCAAUUUUAUCUCAAAUAAUUCCACUUAUACUUGGUAUUAUUUAUUUACCUCCAGCGACAUUACCAGCUUUCCAUCAUAUUUGAAUCAAUUGUAUCCCAAACUCUCUAAAUACGUUAAUUCAUAUGACGGAACCCAAAUUUUAAUACCUCAAUCAAUUUUUUUUUAAGAAAAUCGGGCUAUUAGACAAUUCCACUUGCCUUUUGUUUCUCAAAGAAUAGUAAUUUUCUUCUUGUUCCCAAAAACGCGAAAAAUAAAAUUCCCCACGGUUAAUAUGGCGUUUUGGAGGGUCUAGAUGUUUGUACUAACCAAUUAUUGAAUUAUUCAUCUUCCGAUUCGACUUUUUGACAUUUUUUUAUGAAUUCAAUGCAACGAAAGUUCCUUUUGUUUAUUAAAAUAUAUGGAAUUCCAUAGAAAAAUUUUUAUUCUCCUCGUUAUUCAUCAAUUAACUAACCUAAUCUGAAAAUGGAUCCAUUCCUUGCUAUAUUUAACAAUAUCAAGAGAAAAUUUCAUGUUCAAAUGAAAAUAACUGAAUUUUUUUAAUGUACGUUUCAACUGAGCAACUAUUUCUCGAAAUAGUUCUACAAAAAUGAAACUUUAGUUUAAUUUGUAACUCCAGUUAAAGAAACCGACCUCUAAGUCCAAUAUUCAAAUUAAUAGUAAAAUCUGAGUUCUGCGAUAUCGAUAAUGGAUUCUACUACCUUGAAAUCGUUAAACUAACGUGUUUUUAUAACAAACCAAGCCCCAUCUUCUUAAAAUGGCAUCCUCCGAAUAAAACUUCCGUACAAUGCAUAACUCCAGCUUAAGAAUCAAAUUUUUAGUAGAAUGUGAGUUCUGUGGUUUUGAUAAAUGGAUUCUGCUGCCUCGAAAACGUUGAACUAACGUGUAUUAUAAAAACCCAAGCCCCAUUUUUUUAAAAUGGCAUCCCCCGAAUAAAACUUUCGUUCAAUUCAUAACUCCAGUUCAAUAAUCAAGUUGUUAGAAGAAUCUGAGGUCUGUAAUGUCGAUAAAUGGAUUCUGCUACCUCUAAAACGUUAAACUAACGUGAUUUUAGUAGAAAUUAAUAUAAGAAUAAUGUUUUUUAAUAUUUUAAGCCAAUAGUUUUUAUUAAAUAAAUUUAUCGUGAGUUUAAUCUAUAUUUAAAUCGCAUUUCUAGGUUAUAGAUAACACAAAGUGGCCUUCGAUGUUAGAUAUAGGUAUAAUAAAAAAAUACUUUAUAUAUAUACAGUUUAAAUUAUAAUUGAUCUGGUUUUUUUUUAAAUCGGUUAACAAUUCCUGGUAUAACUAAAUAUCAAAAUUUUUGAUAAAAAAAAGUUUCCUAACAAUUUAAAACUAGUUAUAGAUUCAGUACAAAUUAUAAAAAAAAAUAAUUAAUAUGGCGAAUUGUUGACUUGACUACAAUUUUAUUUUUAUUACAACAAAUAAUGCAAAUCUGACAUGUACUUGCCUGUUAUCUGAGUAAAUAAUUUUUAUUUUAAAAAUAAAUCAUUUUCAGUGUAUUACUAAUACUUCGAUAAUUAUUUUCAUCUGCAUUUUCCAUCACUUUAUCCUGUGUUUCUUUAUCAAUUUGCGAAACUAUUAGAUUUACUUCAAACUCGUUAGCUAUAUUUUAAAAAAUGUAUUUAUUAUUAGCUGUAGCUGAAUUCGUUUAUGUAUUUGUGAUUUUAGAUAUAAUAUUUUUUGUUGUACAUAUUUUGUAUAUUUUAUGGAAUAUAAUUAUUAAAGGUUACAAUGCUU